AGGUCUGGUUUUUCUGAGAAUAACUUUGGAACUACUACACUGUCAAGAUGGCAGACAAGCUAACGAGAAUAGCUAUUGUUAAUCAUGACAAAUGUAAGCCAAAGAAGUGUCGUCAAGAGUGCAAGAAAAGUUGCCCUGUUGUACGGAUGGGAAAACUGUGCAUUGAGGUCACUGCACAGAGUAAGAUUGUAUGGAUUUCUGAAACUCUCUGCAUCGGGUGUGGUAUCUGUGUAAAGAAAUGUCCCUUUGUAGCCUUGUCCAUUGUUAACCUGCCGAGCAACCUGGCAAAGGAAACCACUCACCGAUAUUGUGCCAAUGCCUUUAAGCUACACAGGUUGCCUACUCCCCGUCCUGGUGAGGUGCUAGGAUUGGUUGGCACUAAUGGUAUUGGGAAAUCCACAGCUUUGAAAAUUUUGGCUGGAAAGCAAAAACCUAAUCUUGGGAAGUAUGAUGAUCCCCCAGAUUGGCAAGAAAUAUUGACUUAUUUCAGGGGUUCAGAAUUGCAAAACUAUUUCACCAAAAUUUUGGAGGAUGAUUUGAAGGCCAUCAUUAAGCCUCAGUAUGUGGACCAAAUUCCAAAAGCUGCAAAGGGCCCAGUGGGAAUCAUUUUAGAUCGAAAAGAUGAAACAAAAACCCAGACUAUAGUUUGUAAACAGUUGGAUCUGACUCAUCUGAGGAACAGAAAUGUUGAAGACCUAUCUGGAGGGGAGCUUCAGCGGUUUGCAUGUGCUGUUGUCUGUAUCCAAAAAGCUGACAUUUUCAUGUUUGAUGAACCUUCCAGUUACUUGGAUGUAAAGCAACGUCUUAAGGCUGCCAUUACCAUCCGAUCACUGAUCAACCCUGACCGUUACAUCAUUGUUGUAGAGCACGACCUCAGUGUAUUGGAUUAUCUUUCUGACUUCAUUUGCUGCUUGUAUGGUGUUCCAAGUGCUUAUGGUGUAGUCACCAUGCCUUUCAGCGUCAGAGAAGGUAUCAACAUUUUCCUGGAUGGCUAUGUUCCCACAGAAAAUUUAAGAUUUAGGGACUGCUCAUUGGUUUUUAAGGUGGCAGAAACUGCCACAGAAGAAGAGGUGAAGAAGAUGUGCAUGUAUAAGUACCCAUCAAUGAAGAAGAAGUUGGGCGAGUUCCAGAUGAGGAUUGUGGCUGGGGAGUUCACAGACUCUGAAAUCAUGGUCAUGCUGGGAGAGAAUGGAACUGGCAAAACUACCUUUAUUCGAAUGCUUGCUGGAAGACUGAAGCCUGAUGAAGGAGGUGACGUACCAUUCCUUAAUGUGAGCUACAAGCCACAAAAAAUCAGCCCCAAGUCGACAGGAAGUGUCCGCCAGCUGCUCCAUGAGAAGAUCAGAGAUGCCUACACACAUCCUCAGUUCGUAACCGAUGUGAUGAAACCGAUGCAGAUUGAAAAUAUUAUUGAUCAAGAGGUGCAGACAUUGUCCGGAGGUGAGUUGCAACGUGUGGCUUUGGUCCUGUGUUUGGGUAAACCUGCCGACGUGUACCUUGUUGAUGAGCCUUCAGCGUAUCUGGAUUCUGAACAACGUCUCACGGCCGCCAGAGUCAUCAAACGAUUUGUUCUUCACGCCAAAAAGACCGCAUUUAUUGUGGAGCACGACUUUAUUAUGGCCACUUAUCUUGCUGACCGUGUUAUCGUCUUUGAUGGCGUCCCAUCUACGGAUACAGUUGCAAACAGCCCGCAGACACUACUGGCUGGUAUGAACAAAUUUUUAUCUCAGCUGGAAAUCACAUUUAGGAGAGACCCCAACAACUACAGACCAAGAAUAAACAAAAUGAAUUCUAUUAAGGAUGUGGAACAGAAGAAGAGCGGAAACUAUUUUUUCUUGGAUGACUAAACCAGUUUGAAAAGUUUUGUUCCCUUCAUUAAAUU